GUUUCACCAGAUGGGGGAAAUGUUUAGCGCUGGGUUGGGAAAAGUUGGCAUCACGCUAGAGAAGCGCUGGCAGCUGACCAGUCCCUAGCGAGGCUCGGGCGGAGUUUUCCCCGUGCUCCGGAAGAGGCGGAAGGAAGGCUAUUGCACUAUAAAGGAAAAUGUCUUUUUUUCCAAAAAUAUUACUGCAACCAGAAGUUGAAGAAUACCUUGGGAACAUGUUUAGAAAUAAGGAGCUCAUAAGUGCUUUAGGCACUCUGGAAGCAGAGAGGAAAUAUGAAUCUCUGUUAAAUCGUCUAUCUCAUCCUCCAGCUUUCACAACUGUUAGAGUUAACACUCACUUGGCUUCAGUGAAACAAGUGAAAAAUCUGCUGUUUGAAGAGAUCCACAAGCAAUAUAAAGGUCUUAGUGUGCCAGUUCUUCAGCACCCACAACUCCAGGACAUCUUACUCAUUCCUGUCAUUGGACCCAGGAAGGAUCUACAAAAGCAAUCAUCUGAAGUCAUUGUUGGAGCCCAGUGUGGGAAUUCAGUGCUACGAGGAGCGCACGUCUUUGUUCCAGGAAUCAUAUCUGCUUCAAAAUUUAUGAAAGCUGGAGAUGUGGUCUCUGUAUACUCUGAUAUUGAAGGAAAGUGUAAAAGAGGAGCCAAAGAAUUUCUGGGAACCAAAGUUUUUAUUGGAAAUGGGAUUUCUGAAUUGAGUCGCAGUGAAAUCUUCAGUUCAAAUGGCUCACUCAAUUACAUAAGUAUAACCCUGAUGUCUAAAGAGGAAUGUGCCCCUUUAUCAUUAAUAUCAAUAUUGCUGAAAAACAAAAAGCAGACCAUCACCAGCCAAAGUAGUAUCAAUUGUGUCACUCAGAAAUUUUCUGAAUGUCUUGUGAAAAGAGGAAUAGGUGUAAGAAUGACAGACCCAGUUUACCUUAGUCCUUCGUUGGACAAUGUGCUGUCCAGUUACUUGUUUUUGCAGAACUUGCCCUCUGCAGUUGUAAGCCAUGUUUUAAACCCUCAGCCAGGAGAGAGAAUUCUGGACAUGUGUGCUGCACCUGGGGGAAAAACAACCCAUCUUGCAACAUUAAUGCGUGACCAGGGUGAAGUGAUAGCCAUGGACAAGAUAGCUAACAAAGUCAAAAAAAUCAAGCAGAAUGCAGCAUUGUUGCAGCUGAAUUGUAUUAAAGCAUUUUGCUGUGAUGGAACUAAGGCACUUGCCAUUGGGAAGAAAGAAGAUGGACAAGAAGGCCCUCCAUUCUCAGCAGAGUCAUUUGAUCGAAUUCUUCUUGAUGUUCCUUGUAGUGGGAUGGGACAGAGACCAAAUAUGGCCUAUUUCUGGACUCUAAAAGAAGUGAUGUCUUAUCAGCCAUUGCAACGCAAGCUUUUCAGCAUGGCAGUGAAAUUGCUGAAGCCAGGGGGCACUUUGGUGUAUAGUACAUGUACAAUUACACUGUCUGAAAAUGAGGAGCAGGUCGCCUGGGCCCUGGAAAAUUUUCCCUGCCUCCAGCUUCAGUCACAGGAACCACGUAUUGGAGGAGAAGGCAUGAUGGGAGCUGGAUUAUCACUUGAUCAGCUGAAGCUGUUGCAGAGGUUUGAUCCAUCCAGUGUGACGUCACGUGGAAUGGAUAUUAACUCUUUGCAGGAUUCCAGGGAAGAAGACCUGAUCUUGCUGGCAAAUAAAGACUGUAUAGGAUUUUUUAUUGCAAAAUUUAUUAAAUUGAACAGCAAAUAGACAUUUAGCAACACAACCUGAAAAAGCACCUUUUGAGCUAACAGUUGGACCAUUCUUAACUGUUUCUUCUCAUGCAUUGUUGUCAAGCCAACAGGCUGAUGACAUGGUUGCUAUAGAAGCAGUAAAAUCUCCCAGCUGUUCUACUGGGACAGAGCCACAGAUUUGGAACAAGAAAGUCACAGUUGCAGGAGGUGGUGAUUCAUUUUUAUGUCUCCAUUAGCUUUUGUAUUUAUAGUAGGUCAGUGGCGGAAGGAAAGGUAAAUUCAGAUUACUGGUUGUUGACUUAGUGUACAGUAUUGCACAUUUAGAUUACUGCUUGUUUUCUGUUUUAACUUGUUGGUUUAAUGUGUACAGUAUUGCAUAGGAACAGAUUUUGCUGUGGGAAUUUAAAUUUUAUAAAAUGCAAAAAAAUCCAGAUUAAAUACAUAAAAAAUAUAAAGUCAAAUUUUGUAAAGAAUGAUAGUUUCUAUAGGGAAUUUAGAAAUUACUGCAUCAUUAAAUAAAUAGUGAUGUGAAAUAGUCGCAUUUCACAAAGAGCUGUUUUAUAAAUUAAUAAUUAUAACAUCUCAUCUCCUUUAUUUUACUAUAAGCGAGAUUCUCUAUUCAUAUUGUAGACACACAAUAUAAUAGGCUUUGUAGCAUGUAUUUUACAGCAGCAUAUGUAUACUGCCCCUCUCCCUUCAGGGACUGAAAGAUACAGUGCUUCAAGGUCAAACUUGCCAUUUGUAAGCCUGGAUCAGUUCAGAAACAGCACUGCUGGACUGAUUGACUAGGGGCAGUUUUAAAGUCCAAUAUCACUUGCACCAUGAGGGCUACAGUCUAAUAAUCUAUGCCAUUGGGAUGGUGAAAAUCUCAGCUUUUUCAUGGCACAGAGUAUCACAUUCCUGUCUCUAUCUGGCAGAAUCAUAGAAAUAUAGAGCUGGAAAGGACCUCACGGUCAUCAAGGUCCCCGCGCUGAGGCAGAACCAAUUAAACCUUGACCAUCCCUGAUAGGUGUUUGUCCACUCUGUUCUUAAAAACCUCCAAUGACAGGACUCCAUAACAUUCCUUGAAAGCCUGUUCCAGUAUUUAACUAGCUUUAUAGCUAUUAGGGAAAAUGUUCCAUCUACCUAGUCCCACUCCGUCACCAUGUUCAUGGAAAGUACAAGAACAAUUGAACACCAUCCUCUUAAUAACAACCCUUCACAUAUUUUAAGACUGUUACCAGGUUCCCCCCUCAGUCUUCAAGACUAAACAGGCUCUGGGUUUUUUUUAAAUCUUUUCUCGCAGGUCGGAGUCUCUAAAUCAGUGGUCCUCAAACUUUUCAGGGUCAUGACCUUACCCCUGUCCUGCCCCCCUGGAACCGGGAGCAUGGCUGCAACUCACCUGGGGUGCACAGGGGUCAAGGCUGGGGCUGGCGGCCAGGUGCGAAGCCGUUGCUGAGGCUGGGGCAGGACUGGGUAGUACUGUCUCUUUGCCUGUUGAGGUUGACCUGGGCCCUGCCAGGCUCUCCCUGCCCCGAAUGUGUGCCCCACCGUUUGGGGACCAGUGCACUAAACCUUUUAUUAUUGUGGGUGCUCUUGUUUGGACUUUCUCCAAUUUAUCCAUGUCUUUCCUAAAGUUUGGCACCCACAAUUGGACACAGGACUCCAGCUGAAGGCUGAUUACUAUGGAGUAGCGCAGGACUGUUAUCUUCCAUGUCUUCCAUAUACGUUAAUGUUAAUACACGCCAGAAUAUUAUCCUUUUUCACAAUGCACCACAUUGUUGGCUCAUAUUCAGUUUGUAAUCCACUAUAACCCCCAACUCCUUUUCAGCAGGACUACCACCAACCCAAUUAGUCCUUUUUUUUUUUCUUUCUCUUCCUUAAGUGAAGUACUUUGAUUUCUGACCAAUUCUACAAGCUAAUUUUGAAUUCUAAUCCUUUUCCCCAAAGUGCCUGCAAUGUCUUCCUAUCUUGGUGUUAUCUGCAACUUUUGUAAGCAUAUGCUCCACUCCAAGUCAUCAAUGACAUCAUGGUAACUUGCUGCUUCCUCUCUCCUUUGAAACAUUAAUGUGGUGGUUAAUAUAUCACAAACUGCUAGAGACAGCACUCAGUGCUUAGUGCCAUCUGAAAAAACGUCACAAUCCACCUUGCAAGUGGCUUAAACGCUAGCUCAUCAGGAGACAUCGGGUCCGAAUUGAGAAGGGAAUUAAAAAAGAUGGCAAUGAGAACGGUUAACUUUAAUAAACCUGCAAAAAUGUAUACUAAUCCUGAAUGCUGCCGGCUAUUGGUGUAUGUAGACAGUGUUAGGGCUUGCUGGGUCAUGUAGUCUUCCUCAUUUCCAAUACAAGGAAUAAUGUUGGAACUGGCAGGGUGAAGGAAUGAAAAAGGUGGGUGCAGUUCAAACAACCUAUGUUCAGGGAUUGAUGGGGGAGUUUUUUCCUUGUUUUUGACUGACAACUUUUGUUUAAAACUAUUACUUACAUAAAGUUUGAGUAUUGAAGUAAAAUUAUAUUUGAUUUGAGUGAACAGCAUGAAUGGUAUUUCCUUCUGUAAAAGUAAAAUAGUUUGAGAUGCUACUGCUUGGUUUGCAAUUAAAACAACCUAAUACAAGCUAUAUAA